AUGCAUAGUUCCUCACUUAAUUACGAUCUCCGGCCUGAAAAUUUGCUAAUUGACUUGGAUGGGAACUUGCAGUUGACGUACUAUGGAAAAUGGCACAAUACCGGUCGACCAAAAGAUGUUGUCGAAGGUUACAGUGCACCAGAAUGUUUCAAAUAUGGUUGGAUUCCAAGUGUGGAGAAUGACGUAUGGACGUUAGGUGCGCUAAUGUUUGAGCUGUUAAGUGGAAGAGCACUUGUGAAUGCAGCACCACAUGGAGUUACAGCAUGUGAAGAAUUACCAUUUCCGGAUGAUGUGUUGAUUUCUUUAGCAGCACGAGAUUUAUUGUCACAAUUACUGAGUGAUAUUACUGCACGUCCCUCACUUGAGACUGUUCGAGCACAUGCAUUUUUUCGAAAUAUCGAUUGGUCUUUGUAUGAUAAUCCACAUACGGGUACUUUUGACAAAGAUUCAGCAUCUACAACCAGCUGCUCAGCGGCUGAGCUGAGAAUGGGCCGAGUAUCUGGCGAGAGCGACUCGGGAUUGCCACCUUACGUGCCUGAUCUAUUGGAUACUGUAGUGGAUAAUGAAGAGUGUGGCUGA